AGUGCCCAUAAAUCAGCUUCUAUUAGAAAAACUGAAAACAGAUCAGAAGAAACAGAAUCGCAAAUGACUUGGAAGCGGUAUCAGCAGGCUCAAGCAGGUUACCAGGCGGCGAAAUCGUUGAAUGCCCAGAAGUUCUUGAAGAAAAUAGGAUGCGGCAAGGAGGACUACCACUUCUGGAAACAAAUCGGCAAGGCUUUACUGUGCACGUACACACUAGGUGGAGUAGCUUGGCUCUACAAUGAGACAUCGCCGCUCGGAUGGUGGACACUGAAGCCUCGUCCCAAGGAGGAGAGGGAGUUAGCUCACUUGUAUGAGCGGCGAGAGUUUCCAUACCCGGGAGAUGAAGAAGCAAUGGAAGAGUUUGUGGCCAAGGGAGGUAUGAUUGGCACGACAAUUGGUCCGAAAGGGUUCAUUGAGACGGAUAAAGAUGCGCUGAACUAUCAGAAGGAGUUGCAGAACAAGAAGUUUGAGCAGGAGGCUCAGAAGCUGUGGAUCAGGAUGAGGAAUGAGGUAGUUUCGGAGCUUCAAGAGAAGGGCUACGAUGUUGAGUGAAUGUAAGUAAGGUAGUGAAUUGGUGUAUGGUUUCACCUGUUGCUGCUGUUGGGUAUCAAAAUUGAGUAGUCUUUGUAGUACUCUGGGUUGUUGAUAAUAAUUUUCGAAAUUGUGGGUUGUGGAACAAACUAGCAUGAAAUGUUAUCAUGUUUUCGCAGUA